GGUCCGGGCGGGGGCGAGCGACAUGGCGCUGGGGACUGUGGACCGGGUGGUCCGGCUGCAGCGGGACCCGGCGCGGAUCCGCAACAUCUGCGUGCUGGCGCACGUGGACCACGGAAAAACUACUCUGGCGGACUGUCUUAUAUCUAGCAAUGGAAUCAUUUCCAGCCGCUUGGCAGGCAAGUUGCGGUACAUGGACAGCAGAGAAGAUGAGCAGAUCCGAGGCAUCACCAUGAAAGCCAGCGCCAUCUCCCUGCAUUACGCAGCAGGCAAUGAGGAAUACCUGAUUAAUUUGAUAGACUCCCCAGGACACGUGGAUUUCUCCUCAGAAGUAUCUACUGCCGUGCGCAUUUGUGAUGGCUGCAUCAUCGUGGUAGAUGCUGUGGAAGGAGUCUGUCCACAGACACAGGCAGUUCUGCGACAAGCCUGGCUUGAAAACAUCCGUCCGGUCUUAGUGAUUAAUAAGAUAGAUCGCUUGAUAGUAGAACUGAAGUUCACCCCACAGGAGGCCUAUUCUCACCUCAAGAAUAUUCUAGAACAGAUAAAUGCACUCACAGGAACUCUUUUUACUUCUAAAGUCCUAGAAGAAAGAGCAGAGAGAGAGACUGAGUCGCAAGUGAACGCACACUCGGAGCAAGGAGAGCAGGUGUACGACUGGAGCAGUGGCUUGGAGGACACGGAUGACUCGCACCUCUACUUCUCUCCCGAUCAGGGCAAUGUGGUGUUUGCCAGCGCCAUAGAUGGAUGGGGCUUUGGAAUCGAGCACUUUGCAGAAAUCUACAGUAAAAAAAUUGGCAUCAAAAAGGAAGUUCUCUUGAAAACCUUGUGGGGAGAUUAUUAUAUAAAUAUGAAGGCCAAGAAGAUCAUGAAGGUGGAUCAGGCAAAAGGAAAGAAACCUUUGUUUGUGCAGUUGAUCCUGGAAAAUAUAUGGAGUUUGUAUGAGGCUGUCUUGAAAAAAGACAAAGAGAAGAUAGAUAAAAUUGUAACUUCCCUAGGAUUGAAAAUGGGAGCUCGGGAGGCUCGCCAUUCAGACCCUCGAGUACAGAUCAAUGCCAUUUGCAGCCAGUGGCUGCCUGUCUCCCAGGCUGUGCUGGCGAUGGUGUGCCAGAAGCUCCCCAGUCCCCUUGAGAUCACAGCUGAGCGAGUGGAGAAACUGAUGUGCACGGGCUCCCAAACCUUCGACUCGCUGCCCCCGGAAACCCAGGCACUGAGAGCAGCUUUUCUGAAAUGUGGAAGUGAAGAUACUGAUCCAGUUAUCAUCUUUGUGUCCAAAAUGUUUGCCGUCGAUGCCAAAGUGCUGCCUCAGAAUAAACCCAGGCCCCUCACUCAAGAAGAAAUGGCAGAGCGGCGGGAACGUGCCAGAAGGCGUCAUGCGGAAAAACUAGCAGCUGCACAGGGGCAGGCCACCUCUGAGGUCACUCAGGAUGGGAACAGCCCUGAAGAUGGUCCCCGGGGAGCAGAGCCAGAAGGUAAUGAGCCGCAGGUGGAGAGUCUUCCCCUCAAAGCUGUGGCCCAAGAAGGAGACAGCCCAGAGCUUUUCAUUGCCUUUGCCCGUGUCUUCAGUGGUGUGGCUCGAAAAGGAAAGAAAAUAUUUGUCUUGGGACCUAAGUACAGUCCUGUUGAGUUUUUACGGAGGGUGCCAUCAGGCUUUUCUACCCCCCUCGAGGACCUGCCUGCUGUCCCCCACAUGGCCUGCUGCUCUCUGGAGAACCUGUAUCUUCUGAUGGGGCGUGAGCUGGAGGACCUGGAAGAGGUGCCUCCAGGAAACGUGCUGGGGAUAGGCGGCCUUCAGGAUUUUGUGCUGAAGUCAGCGACCCUCUGCAGUUCGCCCUGCUGCCCCCCAUUCAUCCCACUCAGUUUCGAGGCCACCCCCAUCGUCAGGGUCGCCGUGGAGCCCAAGCACCCAAGUGACAUGCCUCAGCUUGUCAAAGGAAUGAAGCUGCUGAACCAGGCUGACCCCUGUGUCCAGAUUCUCAUUCAGGAGACGGGUGAGCAUGUCCUGGUCACAGCCGGGGAGGUGCACCUCCAGCGAUGCCUAGACGACUUGAAAGAACGGUUUGCAAAGAUUGAAAUCAGUGCAUCUGAACCCAUUAUUCCAUUCAGAGAAACAGUCACAAAACCUCCCAAAGUCGACAUGGUCAAUGAAGAAAUAGGCAGACAGCAGAAGAUCGCCGUCAUACACCAAGCAAAGGAAGACCAGAACAAAGUCCCUGAUGGGGUCCACAUUGAUGCCGAUGGACUCGUCACCAUCAUGACCCCCAACAAACUUGCCGAGCUCAGUGUUCGAGCCAUGCCCCUUCCAGAAGAAGUCACCCAGCUUCUUGAAGAAAAUAGUGACUUGAUUCGUUCCAUGGAGCAGUGGACAUCCUCUUUGAAUGAGGGCAAAAACUCCCAGCGGAUUGACCAGAAGACCCAGGAGAAAAUUCAGGAAUUUAAAGAAAAACUAGAGCAGCACCUCACAGGGAGAAAGUGGAGGAACACUGUUGACCAAAUCUGGUCAUUUGGCCCGAGAAAAUGUGGGCCCAACAUGCUGGUGAACAGGAGCGAGGACUUCGAGGGCUCGGUGUGGGCCGGCCUGGCAGGCGCAUGUCCCCGAGAAGCCCGGCAGUACCGAGACCUGGGCAACAGCAUCGUGAGCGGCUUCCAGCUAGCCACCCUCGCCGGCCCCAUGUGUGAGGAGCCACUCAUGGGGGUCUGCUUUGUUCUGGAAAAGUGGGAUCUCAGUCAGUUCAAGGAGCAAGCAGCCAGUGAGGCGCAGAACCCAGAAGGCCAUCCUGAGGGAGAAGGGCCUGAAGAGAAGAGGCCGGCCCUGAGAGGAGACCCCCCGCUCCCAGACUGCUAUGGGCCCUUCUCAGGGCAGCUCAUUGCCACCAUGAAGGAGGCCUGUCGCCACGCCCUGCAGGCCAAGCCUCAGCGGCUGAUGGCAGCCAUGUACACGUGCGACAUCAUGGCCACAGGCGACGUGCUGGGCCGGGUCUAUGCUGUCCUGUCCAAGAGAGAGGGGCGCGUGCUGCAGGAGGAGAUGAAGGAGGGCACGGACAUGUUCACCAUCAAGGCCGUGCUGCCCGUCGCUGAGAGCUUUGGCUUCGCAGACGAGAUCCGCAAGAAGACCAGCGGGCUGGCUAGCCCGCAGCUGGUGUUCAGCCACUGGGAGAUCAUCCCUAGCGACCCCUUCUGGGUGCCGACUACCGAGGAGGAGUAUUUGCACUUUGGGGAGAAGGCGGACUCUGAGAACCAGGCCCGGAAGUACAUGAAUGCUGUGCGGAAGCGGAAGGGGCUGUACGUGGAGGAGAAGAUUGUGGAGCACGCAGAGAAGCAGAGGACCCUCAGCAAGAACAAGUAGUGGCUGCUUCGGGCUGACUCCUGCCUCCCCCAGCCUGUGGCCUCACUGAGCUUUCCCGCGCUAUCAUGUGCAUUGUCAAUAAAGGUCCUGGCGGUUCCUUUGGAUGGCACAUU